AUGGCCUCAGCCCCAGCCAUCAGUGAACCAGCCCAAGCUUCAGCCCUAGGAGUCUGUGGACCAGUCCUGGUCUCAGCCUUCCACUGUCCCUGUGACUCUGCCUCGGAGCAGAGCGCUGUCUGUCACCAUUCCCUGCGAGAAGGGUACCAGGGAAGACUUCACUCCAUCCCUGUCUGCAACCCCAGCUCUUCAGCCAUGCUGCGUCUGACGCUCCUCUGCUUUCUCCUGGCUUGUGCUGUGUCUCUCAGCAGCUCUGUUGAAAUUCUAGAGAAUGGCAUUCCUCUCUUAUGGUCCCAAACGAUGGGCCAAGUGUCUGAGCUGCCCUCACAGGCUGGCAUCAUGACUCCUAGCCCCCUCAACCACCUCCAUCGCCUGAGUCUUAGCCGGCUGAUGAUCGACGCUACAAACCCGUUUAUGUUAACAAUGGGACCGGAUGCCUCGGCCAAUCCUCUUUGGGCUUUGGCACUGCAGCUAGUGUGGAUGCACACUUCAGGCCGUCUUGCAGACCCAACUGGUGCUACAUCCUGUGGCAAGCUACCCGGAGAUGUUAACUGUAUUGCUCCAGAGAGCUGGUGGGGCUGUGUAAAUUAUCACGUCUCUGUGCUGCCUUUCAUAUCUGCUACACAGAAUGGAUUCAUGGGAGAAGGAGCUCAGGUCCAGAUGAUGAUGCCUGAAGAUAAUACAGACUAUUGCACCACAUAUGCUGACUGUUCAGCUAGGCACCCUGAUGCCAUGGCUAAGUGGGAUGCCUUUUUCCAGGGUCUCAUCACAACAGGAGCUUCUGCUCUGUCUGACACAGAGAAAAAAGACGCUAUCCUGGGUCUUUUCUGGGAUGCUCAGAUGGCUUCAGUUCAAGCGUCUUCUGUAUGUGACAAUAGGAAAACGUUCUACUCCAGUAAAGAGGUGUCAUUUGCAAACAGCUGGCUGUACAUAUUUGAUUACCUUUCAGCUGUGUAUUUCCAGUCCAACUUGGAGGAUUCUGCAAAGUUCAUCACCUCUCUGCCCAGUCGAGUUUUGACUGAGGAAGACAACGCACCUAAAAUUCCUGACCUCAGUAAAGAGGAGAACCACUCUCUGUACAUCUUCUCCUGGCUGGAAAGCAUCAACAGUAUAAUGGGUGGGACGUUGGCACAGGCUUGGAAACGAGCCAUGUGCUCAGCAGAACUCCGAGAGAAAGGCAGAGACAUGAUGGUGCAGCUGGUGCUGAACCCCAGCUUCCCCACCACCUCUUUCAUGACCAUCAUCUCUGGGGCAGCUGCAUACUGCUGA